AUGGACAUGGACAUGGACAUGGGGGGCAUGGACAUGGGCUCCAGCGUGCCCGGCGUGCCCUCCCUCGACUUCCUGAUGCAAUAUUACUGGGCUGUUGUGGGCGCUUUUGUUGGCACUGCAACCCUUGUCAACCUUGGCAACAGCUUGAUCUGUCGGCAGAGAUUGACUGCUGCUUGCCGCGGCGAUGCGAAACCAGCCAAGCCCAAGGCUUCCUUGCUGCGCAUUAAUGCCACCGCAACCGCCAUCGUCCGAGAAGCGAGCAAUGCAACCCUCUCUCCGCUCACUUUCAAGGGCCGAAGCAUUUGUCUGCCCACCGUGGGCCGGACGACUAUCGUGGCAGCCAACAUCGCCACCCUCUUGGUGCUAUGCUUCUACCACUUUGACCUCAGUGACCAAUGGUCCUUUGAGAACAUUGGGUACCGAACAGGCUGCAUUUCCAUCGCUCAGCUGCCCUUGAUCUUCCUUUUGGCCGGGAAGAAUAACAUUCUCGGAUGGCUAACCGGCUCGAGCUACGAGCGCUUGAACUGGCUGCACCGUUGGACUGCACGGUCUCUUCUUCUCACAGUCACCAUCCACAUGGGCUACUGGUUUGCUGACUGGGCGCCCUACAACUACAUUGGCCACAAGAUCAAAACCGACCCCAUCACCCAGCACGGCCUGAUCUCAUGGUGCCUGCUGCUCUGGAUCGUCUUCAGCUCCGUCGCCCCAAUCCGCGGCCUAUCAUAUGAGUUUUUUGUACUCCAGCAUCUAGGCUCCAUGGCUGUCUUUGUCGCCUUUGUCUACCUACACGUCAAUUCCUGGCCAUUGUACGUCCGAAUCUACGUCAUCCUCCCCAUUGCGCUUGUAUGUCUUGACCGCUUCGUCCGCGCUGUAUGGCUCCUCUACAACAAUUUCGCCAUAUUUCACCCUUCCCGGCGGAGAAAGGGCCAGAGCUCCAGCCUAUGGGCCUGCGAAGCAUCCUUCACCCCUCUGCCUCAUGGCACAACCCGUAUCACCAUCCAAAAUCCGCCAAUCAGCUGGAACCCCGGCCAACAUGUUUUCCUAUCCUGCCAUGCCGUCGUUCCGUUGCAGAGCCAUCCUUUCACCAUCGCCUCCAUUCCUGAAGACGGUAAGAUGGAGUUCUACGUGAAGAGCGAGGGCGGCGCGACCGCGCGUUUUUUCCGGCACGCUGAAAAACUACACCUGUUGCCUUCCCAUGGGCAGCCCGAAGAAAGGCGGGGAAAGCCCGUCGCAAUCGACGGACCGUACGGGCGGCUUCGCCCGCUCCGACAGUUCGACAGCGUGGUGCUGUUUGCCGGGAGUACCGGCGCGACCUUCACCAUCCCCUUACUCCGGGACAUCGUAGCGCACUGGAAGAAGCAACAUCACCAGGGGGCCGCAAGGGAGACGGCGUCCCUUUCUUCAAUGCUUCGGCUUCCGGAUGGAGCCGCAACCCGCCGCGUCCGCUUCGUCUGGGUCGUCAAGUCGCGCGGCCAACUCAGUUGGUUCGCAACGCAACUGUCAUGCGUUGCGGAAGACGUAGCAGCGCUCCGCCAGGCUGGAGUAGAUGUUGAUGUUGAGAUGAGCGUGUACAUGACUUGCGAUCCUUCAUUCACCGACGACCGCAAGGCUGUCUACAGCAACGACGGUAAUUCAACCUCCUUGCCAUCCCCAAUCCAGGCCCCGAGAAUCGACGGUGCCUUUGACGAAAAGACUUUCGUCGAUAAGAAGGGCAAAGACGGCACCCGCAUCACCGAGAUAGAAGACCGCAACAGCGACACAUCUUCCCUUCACUCAUCAUCCGAGGAGGACCAGAGCAACAACCAGAGACCCCUGGCCAAGGCAGCAUGCGGCCCAGACGGCACCUGCUGCUGCCAAUCCACCAUCGUCGAAGACGACAACAAAGCGAGAGCAAAUGGAUCCUCCCCCGACGACGCCAUCCAGCCCAUCGUCUGCACCUGCUGCAACAACAACCCCAACACCACCUCCAAUCCACCACCACCCCAACCCCAACAACCCCAAACCCACCCACCUCCCCCAACCACCACCACCACAGCCAACCCCAACUCCCCCUCAGUCUCACUCUCACAACAACAACCACAACCCUCCUCUCCCCCCGCCCUCCACCCAUCCAUCCACCUCCUAACCGGCCGCCCGCACCCGCCGUCCCUCGCCCGCCGCGUCCUCGAGCGCGCCCUCGGCGAGACGGCCGUCGUCGCGUGCGGCCCCGCCGCCCUGGGGCGCGACGUGCGCGCCGCCGCCGUCGCCCUCAGCGACGAGCGCGCCGUGCAUCGCGGCACCGGCGCGCAGGGCGUGUGGUGCCAUGUCGAGGGGUUUGGGUGGUGA